UCUCAGGCGGAAUCUUUCGAGUAAUCAUUGCCGCUCAGAACCACCAAGAUACCAUCAGCCGUUCCUUGGCGGUCCGCACAGCGGAAAACGCCAAGCAAAUUGUCCGGCAUUUAUCUUUUUCACUCAUUUUAGCUUCCUCUCUCUCUCUCAUUCUCUGUUUACAACUUAGCUUGCUCGGCAUCUUCCACGAAUUUGUUCUUCUCUUCAUUUCCGAUUCUGAUAUCUUAAUUUUAUCCAAAAACAAAGCAACCCAUCUUCCAUGGCUGCCAAUUUCGCCAUGUUUAAACCUUAUUCCUCAUUUUCGACCCCAUCAUUUGUUCAGACCAAAUUUCGUACGCAUAGAUUAUUAUGCACUGGCCCAUCUUCCUCUUAUUAUCCACGAUGUCAAGGAGGAGCUUAUGGUUUACGCGUCGUUAAAUGUGCUUCUUCUAAUGGUAAGGAGCCUGAUUCGUUGGAUGAUGGAGUUAAAAGUGUGGAGCAGUUACUUAAAGAGAAACAGCGGGCAGAAUUGUCUGCUCGGAUCGCCUCUGGAGAAUUCACAGUGGAAAAAGCUGGUUUUCCAUCUGUGUUGAGGAGUGGGUUGUCGAAGAUGGGUGUUCCUAGUGAUAUUCUGGAUUUACUAUUUGGUUUCAUCAAUGCUCAAGAACAAUAUCCCAAGAUCCCUGAAGCUAAAGGAUCAUUAGAUGCAGUUCGUAGUGAGGCCUUCUUCAUACCUCUGUAUGAGCUUUAUCUCACGUAUGGUGGGAUCUUUAGAUUGAGUUUUGGGCCAAAGUCGUUCUUGAUUGUUUCUGAUCCUUCCAUUGCUAAACAUAUACUGAAGAAUAAUCCAAAGAAUUAUUCUAAGGGUAUCUUAGCUGAAAUUCUUGACUUUGUCAUGGGGAAGGGACUUAUACCAGCUGAUGGAGAGAUAUGGCGUGUACGAAGACGGGCUAUAGUCCCAUCUUUGCAUAUGAAGUAUGUAGGAGCUAUGAUUAAUGUUUUUGGAGAAGCUGCAGAUAGGCUUUGCAAUAAGCUAGAUGAUGCAGCAUCUAAUGGUGUAGAUGUGGAAAUGGAGUCCCUCUUCUCCCGUCUGACUUUAGAUAUCAUUGGCAAAGCAGUUUUUAACUAUGACUUCGAUUCACUUACAAACGACACUGGCAUAGUUGAGGCUGUUUACACUGUUCUAAGAGAAGCAGAAGAUCGCAGCGUUGCACCAAUUCCGGUAUGGGAAAUUCCAAUUUGGAAGGAUAUUUCUCCACGGCAAAAAAAGGUCUCUAAAGCCCUUAAAUUGAUCAAUGAAACCCUCGAUCAACUAAUUGCUAUAUGCAAGAGGAUGGUUGAUGAAGAAGAGCUGCAGUUUCAUGAAGAAUACAUGAACGAGCAAGAUCCUAGCAUACUUCAUUUCCUCUUGGCAUCGGGAGACGAUGUUUCAAGCAAGCAGCUUCGUGAUGACUUGAUGACUAUGCUCAUAGCUGGGCAUGAAACAACUGCUGCAGUUUUAACAUGGACCUUUUAUCUUCUUUCCAAGGAGCCUAGGAUCAUGGCCAAGCUCCAAGAGGAGGUUGAUUCGGUCCUCGGGGAUCGGUUUCCAACUAUCGAAGAUAUGAAGAACCUCAAAUAUGCCACACGAAUAAUUAACGAAUCCUUGAGGCUUUACCCACAGCCACCAGUUUUAAUACGUCGAUCUCUUGACAACGAUAUGCUCGGAAAGUACCCAAUAAAGAAGGGUGAAGACAUAUUCAUAUCUGUUUGGAACUUACAUCGCAGUACAGAACUUUGGGAUGAUGCAGAUAAAUUUAAUCCUGAAAGGUGGCCUUUGGAUGGACCCAAUCCUAAUGAGACCAAUCAAAAUUUCAGGUAUUUGCCGUUCGGUGGUGGACCACGGAAAUGUGUGGGAGACAUGUUUGCUUUGUACGAGGCUGUUGUAGCACUUGCCAUGCUUGUUCGGCGAUUUGACUUCCAAAUGGCACUUGGAGCACCUCCUGUAAAAAUGACAACUGGAGCUACGAUUCAUACGACAGAUGGAUUGAAAAUGACGGUUACACGAAGAAUGAAACCUCCAAUCAUACCCACAUUAGAGAAGAUGCCUGCAAUGGUCGGUGAUUCAUCGGUCGGUUUCUUGAAAGAUGAAACAGAAAUUGCUCAAGAAGGAGAAGUUUCUUCUGCUCAUUCUUGAUAAUACUAGCAGUGUCUCCCCAUGGUUGAAAUUAGUCUACUCAAGUAAGAAGAUGCAGGAAGAGAGGAACCCGAAAACCGAUGACUCGUUAGUGAAUCAUCGAUUGUAUAUUGAAUGAUUUGUAUAUGUAAACAAAAAAAAGAAACUGUUCUUAUUAUACUUCUUGAAUGUUAUAAAUAUAGAUGUAUUUCCCUGUCUAAAUCCGUUGAUUUGGCUACAAA